UCCCGGCUGUCAGCUGUGGCCCUAGGCACCCAGGCUGGGUGGCGGUGGCCAUUGGCGGAGAGGAGGGCGGGGCGGGGUCGCCCGGAGCGGCUACACUAGGCCGCUCCAGUGGAGGUAAGCAGUUGGCCUGGGAGGCACUGCGCGUGCAAGCAGCGAUCCGGCUUGCUGCAACGACCCGGCUGGGCCCUGGAAAGCAGAGUGUGCAGCAGCGAUCCGGCUUGGCCAUGGCAGCGGCGCCUCUGAAAGUGUGCAUCGUGGGCUCAGGGAACUGGGGAUCAGCUGUUGCAAAAAUCAUUGGAAAUAAUGUAAAGAACCUGCAGAAGUUCGCCUCCACGGUCAAGAUGUGGGUCUUCGAGGAAACCGUUAACGGGAGGAAGCUGACAGACAUCAUCAACAAUGACCACGAAAACGUGAAAUAUCUCCCUGGACACAAGCUGCCAGAAAACGUGGUCGCUGUCCCGAAUCUCAGCGAGGCCGUGCAGGAUGCGGACCUGCUGGUGUUUGUCAUCCCCCACCAGUUCAUCCACAAGAUCUGCGAUGAGAUCACGGGCAAGGUGCCCAAGAAGGCCCUGGGCAUCACGCUCAUCAAGGGCAUAGAUGAGGGCCCCGAAGGGCUGAAGCUCAUCUCCGACAUCAUCAGAGAGAAGAUGGGCAUUGACAUCAGCGUGCUGAUGGGGGCCAACAUCGCCAGUGAGGUGGCUGCGGAGAAGUUCUGUGAGACCACCAUUGGUAGCAAGGUGCUGCUGAACGGCCUUCUCUUCAAAGAGCUGCUGCAGACACCCAACUUCCGGAUCACUGUGGUGGAUGAUGCAGACACAGUGGAGCUUUGUGGUGCUCUGAAGAACAUAGUUGCUGUGGGAGCUGGCUUCUGCGAUGGCCUCCGCUGUGGGGACAACACCAAGGCAGCCGUCAUCCGUCUGGGACUCAUGGAAAUGAUCGCUUUUGCCAAGAUCUUUUGCAAAGGCCAGGUGUCCACGGCCACCUUCCUGGAGAGCUGUGGGGUGGCUGACCUCAUCACCACCUGCUAUGGAGGGCGGAACCGCAAGGUGGCAGAAGCCUUCGCCAGGACUGGGAAGACCAUUGAAGAACUGGAGAAGGAGAUGCUGAAUGGGCAGAAGCUCCAGGGCCCUCAGACCUCUGCUGAGGUGUACCGCAUCCUCAAGCAGAAGGGGCUACUGGACAAGUUUCCUCUCUUCACGGCGGUGUACCAGAUCUGCUAUGAAGGCAAGCCUGUCACAGAGAUGCUGUCUUGCCUGCAGAGCCACCCAGAGCACAUCUGAAGGAAGUCAGGCAGCCAGCAGGGAGCAGUCUCGUCUGUGGUCACCCAGGAAACCAAGGCUUGGCAGUGAGAUCCCUGCUGAACUGUGCUGUGAUCUGAACACUUACAGAUUGUCACAGCUUUGAUCCCGUGCUGGGAGAAGCACUUCCCUGUCUAAGAGGUGUGCGUACGUGCGUGCAUGCGUGUGCGUGCGUGCAUGCGUGCGUGUGUGUGUGUGUGUGUGUGUGUGUGUGUGUGUGUGAAAGUGUGCUCCUUUCUCAUUCUGUGGGUGUGUCUCUAAACCCAAAUCAGGUGUCUAUUUUAAUGAUCACAUUUGAAAUCUCCCUGCCAGGCAGGGCAGCUUGUGAGAUUGGAACUAACUCAGCUAAACAUUAUGGAUUGUAUGGAUGUGACUCACUUAUAUGUGAGUAGAAGGUAGAAUUGGUUUUUUUCUGAUACAGUUAUCCAGCGAACUCCUUGGAUUGUGGGUUGAUCUCUUAACAAUCAGGUGUUUUAAUUAGAUAGUCCACUUACACAUUUCUCCGCGAUAAAGAUGCCACAUUUCUUGCCUCUUUCCUCAUCGCUAGCUGCCAGAAUGGGCUUUUGCCCAGCAAUGGCGGAGGGAGGAGACAUCCCUGCAGUGGCUGACAUCCUUCUGGGGACAGACACUUUACCAUGCUCUUUGUUGGGUGGGCUUUUCUGCACCUGUGCCCCUCAGGCUCAUGAAGGGGCUGUUGUCACUCUCUCCUCAUGUUAGAAGCUACAGUUGUCCCUGGUCACCCAGUGACGUAGACAGGAGCCUAUCCACACUCCUCCAUCCCUCCAGGACAGGACCUGCUAGGAUGUCACUGGGCCUCUUUGACCUCUAGCUAAUUGUUUAUAGGAAUGCUAUGUGCAGCCCUUCCCGAGGCCACAGGAAGGCUUGCUGCCUUGGAGAUUUGUAGGGCAGAGUGUCUUGGGGAAGGUCACUUCUCCAAGUGAUGUCCCCAAUCCAGCAGAGUCAUUGUACUCUUAAGAAAGUGGGUUCCCAGGCCUCAAGAAUGGCUGUGUUUCAACAUGCCUUCCAUGUGUUUCUGAUGCUCACUACAGUUGAGAGCCACCACAUUAGAGAAUAUACCUUAGUGUGGCUUUCACUGCACAGUGUUCUCUAGGGCACAUGUCCUGAGGUCUCCUGGCUAUUCCAGGUGGCCCCUGGGAUGGCCAUGUGAGUUUGGGAAUGGUUGCCUCUGCACACUUUCCUGGGUGUAGGCUGGGUGCCAACACCUCCACAGACCCUGCUAAGCUAACAAGUCCCCAACACAGGGACCAGAAUAUCAGCCAAAAUAUCUAGAGAAGACUGUUAUAGGGUGAGGUGGCCCUCGCUCCUUCAAUAAAUUAGGAUGGCUAACUACCUGUGAGAGUUUGUUCUAUGUAGCCUGGGCUGACCUCGAACUUGUCAGCUUCUUGCCUCUGUCUCCUGGGUAGCUGGGAUUGCCAUUCCCAGCUGGGAUAGCAGUUUCUAGACUUUCUGGACCCCUGAGGAAGCUUCCAGGUGACAGGGUCACCAGGUGACAGGGUCGCUAGCAGACAAGCUGAGGUCAGCCUCACUGAGACGCACACGAUAUGGAGUAAGUGCUUUGGAUUCUGAAUCAGAAUGUGAAUGAUCAUAUCUUUAUUUAAAAGUUGGGCAUCCCAUGAGGGUGAACGAAUGAAUGUCAUACAGUCAUGUGCUUCUAACUUCUGAGAUUCUCCACUUCCUCCCCCUCAUCCUGGGUUUGGUAUCCCCACCCCACCCCAGUCAACACCCC